AUGAAAUUGAUCGAUCCAUGGAUAGCGAGGUUUGAUACUGAUAAAGAUAAUAAAAUUAGUAUAGAAGAGUUCUGCCGUGGAUUCGGUUUAAAAGUAUCAGAAAUUCGACGUGAAAAAGAAGAAUUAAAAAAAGAAAAAGAUGGCAAGGUUUCUAAACUUCCACCAAAUGUUGAAAUUAUUGCAGCAACCAUGUCAAAAACAAAACAAUAUGAUAUAUGUUAUCAAUUUAAAGAAUAUAUCGAUAAUAGUAGUCGAACAAAUAAUGAUAUAAAAGAGGUGGCAAAUAAAAUGAAAACAUUAUUGGAUAAUACUUAUGGUCGUGUAUGGCAAGUGGUUAUAUUAACUGGUUCAUAUUGGAUGAAUUUUUCCCAUGAACCAUUUUUAUCAAUACAAUUCAAGUAUAAUAAUUAUGUCUGUUUAGCAUGGAGAACACCAUCUCAGUAA